UAUGUCAGGCGAACGACGUUCUUUGCCCGUUUUAAGGCGGCUGAGCUAUGCAGUCGGACACUUUCUGAACGAUCUUUGCGCCUCUAUGUGGUUUACAUACUUGUUGGUGUACUACCACGCCGUGCUUGGAUUUCAGAACACCUACGCAGGUAUAUUGCUGCUUGUUGGGCAGAUAGCGGACGGUAUCUGCACACCCCUUAUUGGAUACGAGUCGGACCAGACUUCAGGCUGUGGCACAUACGGCAAAAGAAAGACAUGGCAUGUAGUGGGAACGGUCAGUGUGCUGAUCUCCUUCUUCUUCAUCUUCAGCCCGUGUCUGGGCUGCAAUGAGUAUACUCCACAGUGGGUGAGCCUCACCUAUUACUCCCCCUUCAUCAUAAUCUUCCAGUUUGGCUGGGCGGCUACCCAGAUCUCCCACCUGUCACUCAUUCCCGAGCUGGUCUCCUCUGAGCAUGCCAAAGUGGAACUCACUGCUUACAGGUAUGCCUUCACCGUCAUGGCCAACAUCACUGUGUAUGCUGUGGCCUGGUUGCUGUUUCACCUAGAACACACAGGGGACUCCUCCAUCACUGAAACCCUGAGUCUGGCAGACAUCCCCGUAUUCAGGAACCUGGCCCUUAUCGUGCUGGGCAUCGGUGCGGUGUUCUCGCUGAUUUUCCACUUGGGCACACGUGAGAGCGGUCAGCCCCUGGGGGAGUCGUGCUCAUGCGAGGAAGAGGAAUACCCACCCCUCAUCCAGUCUCACCAGAAAGCCAUGCCCCGAUCACAGCUGCAGUGGAAACACUGGCUGGGAGAGCCUGCAUUUUACCAGGUGGCUUUUCUGUAUAUGUGCACCAGGCUGAUAGUCAACCUAUCCCAGACCUACAUAUCCAUGUACCUCACUAACUCCCUGCUGCUGCCUAAGAACUUCAUCGCCACCAUCCCCUUGGUGAUGUAUGUCAGUGGCUUCCUCUCCUCCUUGAUCAUGAAGCCAGUCAGUAAGCUGAUUGGAAUAAGUAUGACCUAUUUUGUAGGCCUCCUGCUGAUCCUGGGGUUUUCCUACUGGGUGAUGCUGGAUGCGAUGAUGGGGAAGCAGAUAUAUGGGGCUGGAGUGCUCCUGGGUGCAGGGUCAGCCACCAUUCUAGUGAUGUCAUUAUCCAUGACUGCUGAGCUCAUAGGGGAUCAAACGCAAAGUGGGGCCUUUGUGUAUGGAGCGAUGAGCUUCACGGACAAGGUGGCCAAUGGUGUGGGGGUGAUGAUCAUCCAGAGUGUGCGUCCCUGCCAUACAGUGCAGUGUUGCCCAGCCUGUGUGUGGUACUACCGUGACGUCAUGGUGAUUGUCACCGGUGGUGUGGCGUUUGCUGCGGCUCUCUCCUUGUGCACCAUACUCAUCUGGCCUAUCAGGGUCCGUCGCUAUUCUGAGAAAAUUCAGACAAGCUGUGGGAAAUCUGCUGUGCAGACAGACGGCUCCUGGAUCUCUGGUCUGAUGGGAACGGACAGAAAUGACACAGAGGAUAACAUGGACCAGACAGGUAUCAACUGAUGGACUGAUGGGCUGAUUGUUUAUGGAAAAAAAAACAAUGCAGCUCUACCAGCACUUCUUCGCCCAGCCUCUGUGGAACAGUCUGACAUCCUGACACAGUGUCCACCACUGCAGCAUCUAUCCCUUACAAUCUGUGUGUCUGUCUUGUGCUCUUGAGUCACACACAC